GUUUGCCGCCAAAGUCCAGUCUAUGGCUGAUUUCACCCGAAAAAAGCCGUUUCGAUAAUCGGGAAAAAGUCUCAGUCUAUUGCAAAUCGGAUGAGUUUCCCCAACACGAACAAACCCGACAGUGUCUGAACGGCCAGUGGACAGGCAGUCCGUUUCGGUGCGGCGAACAUUUGGACGCACAGGUAGUACACAUGGAUGUCUACGAUUGUCAAUCGCCCGGCAAUCGUCAGCUACUGUCCCAACCGGUUAACACAACAUGGGAUACACCACCGAGCAUCCGAUCCGACGUAAUUCAUACCAUUCCCAACGGGUACCGUUAGACAUACAGAUAUCCGUACGGGAAUCCCGUUGUUAUACAUGGCGUAUCCGAUUUGAUCAACCCGUAAGCAUAGCCUAYCURUUGUUGGACGUAUGGUUUCCAUUGAAUAACCAGACCCGACCUACCAGUGCCAAUCAGUCCAUACCUACUGUGGUACCGGUAGUCAGCAAACAGCGUCAAUGUAGUCUACAGAAAACGAAACGCCAAGUACUCGGACCAUCCGAUAUGGCUAUUGGUUACUAUUAUUAUUGUGAUCUCAACCCGGGUGUCGACCCUAAACAGGAACAACCAGACAAUCAGCUAACUGUCCACAUAAAUACCAGUGUAGCGCAUGAGCUGGGUUUGGAUGCCGUUUUCCUCGGCACCGUAUAUACAUCCAAAUUGCCAGGCGGUAAACUAGUCCGACCCGAUUGCGGACAAUUUGAAGUCCAAAAUCUGGGUGUCGAUGCCAACACUGAACAAGGCUAUGCAUUUAUAUCGUGUAACGAUUCGUUUAUCGAUUUGAAYSAURRGGACAGGGAUGCAACAAUGAUAAGCCAACUGAGCGGUAAUAUUAAACAUAGAUUUACGUGUUCAGCAAAUGGCCAAUGGACUGGCCAGUGGCCGAUUUGUAAGCCGAAAAUUGUUUGCCCGAAACCGGAAAUUACCGACAACUUGGACUCAUCGGUAGUAAUUGAAGAAAUAGGUAACGCCUACUAUCUGAACAAAACCCACUGGUACGCCAUCAAUGAUACCUGGGUCAGGUAUGUAUGUGCCCGUGAGGACGAUAUUAUGCCCGGCCGAAAUAUUAGGCUAUGCCUGAAAACUGGCCACUGGUCGGGCAAACAACCGUUUUGUACCAAUACAAGUCUAUCCGGGUUUGCCAUAUCUGGUAUAUUGUUUGCCGUACUCGUCGUAUUCAUUGUAAUAGUUGUAAUCGUAUUCCGGAUUUAUUCUAAGCGCGUGCGACGCGAACUACGCGAAACACGCGCCGAAAUUAACGAUAGCCAACGUAAGCAUCGUUACAGCGAAGAGUUCUACGCAGAUGCCGGCGGCGGCGUCGGCGGCGGCGAUCUCUACUACGAUUCGUGUGGCGGACCUCUAGACGGUAGCGGUCAGUGCGGCCGCAAAUCAAUGGCCUACGAAUCGGUCGAUUAUGAAACAGUUGGCGGAGGCGACGGUGGCGGUGGCCGUCAGCCCCGAUAUAUGGCCGGACCCGAAGUUGUCCGAUGGAGUGCCAAACAGCCCGAGUAUUUGGAUAUGUUUUCGCCGUUAAAUAAAUAG